AUGUUCCAGAGUCAGGCCUCCUCUCAGUUCUCCGAGCACUAUCCCUCAUCGGCUCUUGAGGAUAAUCCGCAAGACACCCUCUCCUUCUUCACAUCUAAUAGGCUAUUCAAUGUCGACGGACACGAAACGCCAAUUUCCACUCCUGACGUGAGCCUACUCCGACCGGUGAUUCCUCCUGCUUUCCCAGAAACACUCGAACGCGUUAGUCCUCCUAAAAGGAAGGACUAUAUCCUCUGGACUGAAAUGGCGAAUGAGGAUUUUAUCGACCACUUCUACCAGGUCGCUGCUAUCCAGGAUGGGUCCCCUAAGGUAAUAUACAAGCAUUACGACCGUAUCCUUGCCCAUCCUGCCGAUAAACGCCGGGGAACAUCUACCAUGAAUAGGCAUUGUUCGCAAAUAGGUGCCUGUCGGAGAAGACCGACUCAGUCGCAAGAUAUCAGAAAGGCUAUCAAGAACGGGAUAGAAAGGUUAAUUACCUUCAUUGCUGCCUCGCGGCUGCCCUUCCAGCUCAUUGAGCAUCCUGAAUUUCGCGCCCUUCUUGAGAUGGUCCGGCUUGCUCCUUGCUUCCCCGAAAUCCCUACUGCAACUACAGUCCGCCGUCAUCUUCAAGAAAUCGUGGAAGAACGCCAAUACACUCUUCUGCAGAAGCUCCCUGAUGGUGCUAGGCUCUCUAUUGCAUUAGAUUGCUGGACCUCACCCUUUCGCCAAGCUUUUAUAGCAAUAACGGGCUAUUUCAUUGACCAAGAGUGGAACUACCGUGAGCUCUUACUUGGCUUUAAACCUCUAUAUGGCUCGCAUACAGGUGCCUAUCUAAGCACUGUUCUGCUUGACCUUCUAGAGAAGCACCGGAUUACUAAGAGGGUGUUGACUAUUACCACUGACAACGCAUCUAAUAACGGUACAUUGCUAGGUAGCCUUCAGGAGGCUAUCGACUCCCUAGAGCUACCUCGUAGUAUACCGGUUAUUCGUAUACCAUAUAUUGCGCAUGUUAUACAGCUCAGUUUGAAGGAGCUUCUUAGUCAGAUGGACGCGAACCCGCCAAACGAGAGGGAAGAGAUCGAAUGGACCGAGAGAGGGCAUAUAGCUCGGCAAGAGAAUAGAACGAUCGUGGAUACUCUGAAUAAGGUUCGGAAGGUAGCAGUCUAUAUUAACAAAAGUCCUCAGCGCCGCGAGAGCUUCAUAAGGCUUCAGACAAAAGAGCCAAAGCUUAUGCCUAUACAAGAUAUUAAGACACGGUGGAAUUCAACGUUCCUUAUGCUUCGGCGUGCUAAGCGGUUACAGUCUGCCUUUGAUGAUUUCUGUCGACAGGUUGACUAUCUUCUGUCAAUCACCUAUCCCUUCUUCAAAUUCACCUCGUCUCUUUCAGCAACUACAGAUAUAACUAUUCACAACGUCUUUGGUAUCUAUAACGCCCUGUUCACACACAUUGAUAAGGCGAAAGCGCAGCUCGCGCGGAAGAAGGUUGGUUAG